CCUAUUUGUUAUUCUCGUGGUUCUUAUCAUUGUGAGAACACGUUUUGAUCAAAUUAUGUCCGACCAAAAUAUAGUAUUUGUUGGACUGUGGGCUUCAGCCAAGUCUUUGAAAGAAUUAAGUGUAAGGAGAGGAUUUUUGGUUGUUGAAAAUGGAAAGAUAUCAAAGAAAGGAACAUCGAACGAAUUUGAAACAUUAAAAAAAUCAGGAUCGUUUUCUAAAUUCAAAAUAGUUCAUCUCAAUGACAGCCAGUUCAUCAUGCCUGGGUUCGUGGACUGCCACACUCACGCGCCACAGUUUCCCAACAUUGGGCUUGGGUUAGACCGACCUUUGCUCGAAUGGCUGGCGAAAUACACGUUUCCAUUGGAGAGCCGAUACGGUGAUUUAGAGUUCGCGUCGUCUGUUUAUGAUAAAGUUGUUCAAAGACUCAUCACCAACGGGACAACAACGGCUUGUUACUUCGGCUCGCUCCAUCUAGACGGUACACUGGAAUUAGCGAAAAGCGCCAUCAAACACCGACAGAGGGCGCUGAUCGGUAAGGUCAGCAUGAACUUGGAGAACGACGCGGGAUAUUAUAACGACACGGCCAAAGAGGUACACGAAGUUGAAGAUUUUGUGAAGAAGAUUUUGGAAUUUAAGAACGAAUUGAUACAACCCGUAGUGACACCCCGGUUUGCGGUGAGCUGCGAUCUCGAGCUACUCGCCUCGCUGGCGGAUAUCGCCAAACGGUACGACUGUAGAAUUCAGAGCCAUAUAUCAGAGAAUCUCAGUGAAAUAGACUAUGUUUUACAACAAUUUCCGAGUUGCAAGAGUUACGGAGAUGUAUAUGACAAGAGCAACAUUUUGAACAAUAAGUGCAUCAUGGCGCACGCGGUUUACCUUACCGAUGACGAAAUCAAGCUGUUGUCUACAAGAGGAGUGUCUGUAGCACACUGCCCAGCCUCCAACACCCGCCUGAAGUCUGGUCUCUGCCCUGUUAGGAAAUACCUGGACAGUGACAUCACUGUUGGCCUGGGAACAGACGUGGCCGGUGGUGACAACGCCACUAUAUUGGACGCCAUGAGAAGGAGCAUGGACGUAUCCACACAUUUAGAGUUAAAGGGCAAUGAGAAUUAUUCUCUCGACUGGACGGCCGCCUUUUAUCUAGCGACUUUGGGUGGAGCCAAAGCUUUAGGACUGGACAGCAAAAUUGGCAGUUUGGAUGAGGGCAAAGAUUUCGAUGCUCUACUAAUCGACGUGUAUGCGAAUAACAGCGCCAUAGACAACCACGAGACAUAUGGAAGCGCCGGAGACCGCGAUUUAGGGCUCCUUCAACGGUUCGUCUAUUUGGGAGAUGAUCGGAACAUCGUGCAGGUUUAUGUCAAGGGAAAUAAAAUUAAAGAUAUAUUAUAAUUGGCUAGAUAACAUACUCAUUGUUAUAAACUCAUUGUGCAUCAAGGGCGGAAUUAAGGGAGCGAAAUUAUUUGUAAAAGAUAGAAUGAAAUGGCAAUACAUAAUAAUGUUGAUAGAGGAGUAAAUGAGAGCGUUGAGCAUUUUGGAUUUGCUAAUUUUGUUCGUUGACUUUCUCCGCCCUUGUUCAUCGUGUUAUCAAAUAGUAAAACUAUUAUCCCUAUGUAAAUAUUUCCACAACUUAUUUCUACUUAAAAUAAAACUAUGUGAAUAAUU